AUUUAAAUCAAACAACCCUAAUCAUUACUUCCGGGAAGUGGAAAAAAAUGCAAAAUUUUAUAAUUUUAUUGGUAUUGCGAAUUAUUACAACGCUCUAGACCCGUAACUCACAGAUACCAGAUGUAGCAUUGAACAUAACAAGUUUCAAGAAGUUCCUGCUUAAGGCAGUAGUAUGUCGGGAUGUGUAGAGGAGUUCCCCUCUAUUGUUGUUACUGAAAUUCUUAGUUAUCUCACCUGGAAUGAGAAAUUAAAUGCAACCCAAGCAGUUCCAUCUUGGAAGCCUCAUCUUCGUACACCAGCAGCUUGGCCCUUAGUGUGCUACUGCAGCGAAGGUGAAGAAAAUGUUUACUUCGUCAAAGAAAAAAGAGCUAAUUUACUGAUUUGCUUCAAAAUUUAUGGAAAGUACAUGAGGCAUAUUGACUUGGCUUUCGGCUAUAAAACUGGAAGGUCAGGAUUACAAAUUCUAAAUGCUAUUGCAAACUACUGUCCAAAUGUGCAGAGUUUUCAUUUCGUGCCGCAGGAAAACCCGGGUGCCGAAUCUCCAGCCGAAACACGUCUUACGAGAUCUGAUGUUGUAGCUGUAUGUUCUAUACUGAGUAAUUGUAAACAACUAAGCAAUGUUGGUAUCAUCUCUCCAAUUAUAUUAUGGUCAAAUUCACCAGGAACCAAUCUCAUACUUGAACUAUGUAGUGCAAAUGUUGCAAAUAAAGUCACUGAACUAGAACUGAUUUCUGGUUCCCUGCUUGAUCAUGAUGGCUACUUGAAGUUAUUACGGGAAUUUACGGGUCUGAAGAAGUUAAUGGUGCGUCGAGAAAAGAUAAACAAUGAGAUUUUGCUCACUCUAGUCAAAAAUGGUCUUCAAGAAAUCACCCUGUAUCAAGAUGAGGAACUGGCAUUGGUUGAUGCUCAACAGCUUGGAGAAAAGCUCUGGAAUGACAUUUUAAAGAUAAAUCCAAAAUUCAGAGUGGACCUUAUCUUGCAGUAUAUUCUAGUCAUAAAAGACUCGUUUAUCACCAACAUGCCGCUGCGUUCUCUAGUCCUUGACGAUUUGGUGAACAUAGUUACGAAAGGCGUUAUAGACCAUUUAGUGACGUAUUACAAUGAAACACUAGAAAGCUUCACCUACACAAAUCUGUAUUUGGAAAAUUUUGAGAGUGGUGACAGUAGAUUGCCAGCCGCUCUGGUUACUAUGGUGAAGAAAUGCCAACACCUUCACACCCUGAGGUAUGGGUUUCCUCUAUCUAGCACUAGUAUCCUAUUGCUGGCAAAGGCGAGAAAAUUGCGUGAACUAACAAUACCAGCUGUCGAAGUGUCAUAUGAAAUGGAUUGGGAAGUACAAGAGGAUUGGGAUAUUGAUUUCUGGCAAUGGUUGGAAGCAAAUUGUAAAAGUGAACCGUUAUUGGAAAACGCUGUCUCAGAGCUGCUUGGUUUCAGGUGGCAAUUAUUUUACGAAAAUUUCAACUAUUUGACGUUUGAAAGAAAUCUAGGUUUGAAUCUGUAGAAAUGUAUUGUGAUGAAUCUGUGUGUUUUCAUUAAGACUAAUCUAAAAAGCUGAAAAGAAUAUACAUGAAAGUUGGAUUAAGACUACCUGUACCAGGCUGUGCAUUUUAUCCAGCUGAUUCUUUGUAGAUUGGAGUUAUCUGGCAACUGCUGUAAAAAGUUUGAAUGUUGCAUGUAGUGAAAAUUUACACAAAGUGGGAUAAAAGCUCUAUCUCCCUUGUCAGAACUUGUUGAUUUUUUUUUUUAGCUCAUCUGAGUUUUUGAAAAAAAAUGAGUUAUUGUCAUCAGCGGUGCCUGGUUAAGUUUGAUGUUUAGAUCAGCUUUUCUCCUAAACUAUUAAAGCUAUUGCUUUAAAACUUGCAACACUUGUUCACAAUCAAUAGCCAACUCUGUACAGCAAGAACCAUAACUCCAUCUUGGUUUUUGCAAGAAUUAUGGCCCCUUUUGGACUUAGAGAAUAUCAAAUUUCUUGGUUAAGUUGUAUGUUUAGGUCAACUUCUCUCCUAGCUAUCAAAGCUAUUGCUUAAAAACUUGCAACACCUGUUCACCAUCAAAAGCUGACUCUGUACAGCAAGAAACAUAACUCCAUCCUGUUUUUUGCAAGAAUGAUGGCCCCUACUUUAAUUUAGAAAAUAUCGGAUUUCUUGGUUAAGUUUUGCGUUUAUGUCAACUUUUCUCCUUAACGGUCAGAGUUAUUGUUUUAAAAUUGCGAGCAGUUAUUCACCAUUAAAAACUGACGCUGCAUAGCAAGUACCAUAACUCUGCAUUGCUUUUUGCAAGAAUUAUGGCCCCUUUUGGACUUAGAAAAUCAUGGGUAGGACAAUAUUGUAUUAUACAGAGACGAAAAAGUCAGAUGAGUGUCUGCCAGUGCUCUUGCUUUUUAGCUCAUCUGAUUUUUUGAAAAAAAAUGAUGAGUUAUUGUCAUCACUUGAGCGGUUGUCGGCAUCGGCGUCUGCGUCGGCGUUGCCUGGUUAAGUUUUAUGUUUAGGUCAGCUUUUCUCCUAAACUAUCAAAGCUAUUGCUUUGAAACUUGGAAUACUUGUUCACCAUCAUAAGCUGACCCUGUAUAGCAAGAAACAUAACUCCAUCUUGCUUUUUGCAAGAUUUAUGGCCCCUUUUGUACUUAGAAAAUAUCAGAUUUCUUGGUUAAGUUUUAUGUUUAGGUCAACUUUUCUCCUAAACUAUCAAAGCUAUUGCUUUGAAACUUGGAAUACUUGUUCACCAUCAUAAGCAGACCCUGUACAUCAAGAAACAUAACUCCAUCUUGCUUUUUGCAAGAUUUAUUGCCCCUUUUGGACUUAGAAAAUCAGUUUUCUUGGUUAAGUUUUAUGUUUAGGUCAGCUUUUAUCCUAAACUAUCAAAGCUAUUGCUUUAAAACUUGCAACACUUGUUCACCAUCAUAAGUUGACCCUUUAUAGCAAGAAACAUAACUCCGUCCUGCUUUUUGCAAGAUUUAUGGCCCCUUUUGGACUUAGAAAAUAUCAGAUUUCUUGGUUAAGUUUUAUGUUUAGGUCAACUUUUUCUCUUAAACUAUCAAAGCUAUUGCUUUGAAACUUGCAACACUUGUUCACCAUCAUAAGCUGACCCUGUACAGCAAGCAACAUAACUCCAUCCUGCUUUUUGCAAGAUUUAUUGCCCCUUUUGGACUUAGAAAAUCAUUUUCUUGGUUAAGUUUUAUGUUUAGGUCAGCUUUUAUCCUAAACUAUCAAAGCUAUUGCUUUAAAACUUGCAACACUUGUUCACCAUCAUAAGUUGACCCUUUAUAGCAAGAAACAUAACUCCGUCCUGCUUUUUGCAAGAUUUAUGGCCCCUUUUGGACUUAGAAAAUAUCAGAUUUCUUGGUUAAGUUUUAUGUUUAGGUCAACUUUUUCUCUUAAACUAUCAAAGCUAUUGCUUUGAAACUUGCAACACUUGUUCACCAUCAUAAGCUGACCCUGUACAGCAAGCAACAUAACUCCAUCCUGCUUUUUGCAAUAAUUAUUGCCCCUUUUGGACUUAGAAAAUCAUUUUCUUGGUUGAGUAUUAUGUUUAAGUCAACUUUUCUCAUAAACUAUCAAAGCUAUUGCUUUAAAACUUGCAACAGUUUUUCACCAUCAUAAGUGGACACUGUACAUCAAGAAACAUAACUCUAUCCUGCUUUUUGCAAGAAUGAUGGCCCUUUUUAGACUUAGAAAAUCAUGGGUAGGACAAUAUUUCUAUUACACAAAAAAAAUCAGAUGAGCGUCAGCACCCGCAAGGCGGUGCUCUUGUUUUGCAUUGUAGUGGUCAGCACUUAGUUACAGACAAAUAUUAUCCUGUAGUCAUUAAGUUUAAACCGACUGUAUCUAUGUUUUUGUUUGUGUAUGUUUUGCCAUAUUUAUUAAAGCAUUUUGUAUUUAUUUGGCAGUCAUGAUAUUUGCUGUUGUUCUAUUGGAAUAUGAGAAUGUGUGA